CUCCCUGCCGGGGCGAGGAGAGCCUGAGGAAGUGCGGGGUCAGGGGAAAAAAAAAAAAAAGAGAGAGAGAGAAAAAAAAACAGGCGGGCAGGGCUCGCCCCGCCGCCUCGGAGCGGCCAUCUCAGCUGGAAGAGCAUCCAUGGAGUUGCCGGGCCCGGCAAUGACACCGGCUUGAGCCGGCGAGGGGGCUCCCCCGGCCGGGACUGCGGGAGCAUCGCCCGCCCCCUCCCCGCCCGCAGCGCAACUCCCGGAGGAGGCUCUGCCGGCCAAGAUGGAAGAAAAACGACGCAAGUACUCGAUCAGCAGUGAUAAUUCAGACACCACUGACAGUCACACCACAUCUGCCUCCAGAUGCGCCAAAAUUCCAAAUACCAAAUCCACCUGGUCACGGCAGAAGGAGAAGAAGCCCUCUGAGGUUUUCCGUACGGAUUUGAUAACGGCCAUGAAGAUCCCGGACUCUUUCCAACUGAGCCCUGAUGAGUACUACAUCCUAGCUGAUCCCUGGAGACAGGAGUGGGAGAAGGGCGUCCAAGUGCCAGCGAGCGCCGAGGCCAUCCCAGAGCCCGUGGUCAGGAUCAUACCCCAGCUGGAGAACUCACCGGUUUCACCGAGUGGCCUGCCUGGCUCCGAGAUUUCGGAAGCUACGAGGACUUACUUGCAAGGAAUGAGCCGCUAUGACCUGGACGAGCUUGAUGCUUGCUGGUUGGAACUUGUUAAUAUGGAGCUCAAGGAGAUGGAAAAGCCUGAGCUGGAUGAGAUCACCCUGGAGCGAGUGCUGGAGGAGCUGGAGACCAUGUGCUACGAGAACAUGAACAUCGCCAUCGAAACGGAGGAGGGCUUGGGCAUUGAGUACGAUGAGGACGUGGUGUGCGACGUCUGCCGCUCGCCAGAAGGAGAAGAUGGCAACGAGAUGGUGUUCUGCGACAAGUGCAACGUCUGCGUGCACCAGGCGUGCUACGGCAUCCUGAAGGUCCCCAUCGGGAGCUGGCUGUGCCGGACCUGCGCCCUCGGGGUUCAGCCAAAGUGUCUACUGUGCCCGAAGAGAGGGGGAGCGCUGAAGCCCACCCGGAGCGGGACGAAAUGGGUCCACGUUAGCUGUGCCUUAUGGAUACCUGAAGUUAGCAUUGGAUGUCCUGAAAAAAUGGAACCCAUUACGAAGAUCUCACAUAUCCCAGCAAGCAGAUGGGCUUUGUCUUGCAGCCUCUGCAAGGAGUGUACUGGGACAUGUAUUCAGUGCUCCAUGCCUGCCUGUGUCACUGCUUUCCACGUCACCUGCGCCUUUGACCACAACCUGGACAUGCGGACUAUUCUAGCAGACAACGACGAAGUGAAGUUCAAGUCCUUCUGCCUUGAGCACAGCACCGGUGCCACCAAGUUGCCCGAGGAGACACGGACAGAGCCUGACCAAGCCCAGCUGGACUUGGAGAAGGUCACGCUGCGGAAGCAGAAGCUCCAGCAGCUGGAGGAGGACUUCUAUGAACUCGUGAAGCCUUCGGAGGUGGCAGAGAACCUUGACUUAAGUGAAUCACUUGUGGAUUUUGUCUACCAGUACUGGAAGCUGAAGAGGAAAGCAAAUUGCAACAAACCGCUGCUGACACCAAAAACAGAUGAAGUAGACAACUUGGCCCAGCAAGAACAGGAUGUUCUCUAUCGACGCUUAAAGCUUUUCAUGCACCUCAGGCAAGACCUGGAGAGGGUUAGAAAUCUCUGUUACAUGGUGACGAGACGGGAGAAAAUGAAACACACCAUUUGUAAACUCCAGGAGCAGAUCUUCCAUCUCCAGAUGAAGCUUAUUGAGAAAGAUCUUUACCCAGAACAAACUGGGAAGAAGACAAAGGGUAAGAAAAGUGACCCGAGAAGGAAAGGAAGAGAUGGUAGAAAAAAUAGUCCUGAGAAGAAAGAGGAAAGGAAAUCAGUCAACGAAACUGUAUUGGGACAACUGGGCUUGUCAACCUCCUUCCCCAUCGAUGGGACCUUCUUCAACAGCUGGUUGGCGCAGUCGGUCCAGAUCACCGCCGAGAACAUGGCGAUGAGUGAGUGGUCCCUCAACAACGCCCACCACGAGGACAGCACCCCCGGCCUCUCCGAGGAGCUCCUCCAGGAUGAGGAGACCUUGCUGAGCUUCAUGAUGGACCAUUCCCUCAGGUCCCCGUUCAAGCAGAGCGAGGCCACCAAGAAAGUGAAAAGCAAAACGAGAACGAACACUAAGAAAAAGCUGCCCAGGAGCAGCUCCCCAGCUGUGGGUGGAAGCCACCCGGAGAGCUCAGAGCCCUGGACUAACAACGCCAGCGAUUUGUCAGAUGAUUCCACCAAGCCCUUCACUCCCGAUUCCAGAUCAAGCAAGUCGGAGAAAGGGACAACGAAGCUUCCCAGCGACCGCAAAGGGACAGGCGAGGCGAAAAAGGCAGCCAAGAAGGGCUCUCUCCCAAAAGCCAGCGAGCCUCAUCCCCCAGCUGGGACGAGGGGCUGUGUCAGUAAGGAGGAGGAGGAGGAGACGCCGUGCUGCGCUCAGCCGGAGCCCAGCCCCGCGGCCAAAGUGCCUGACUCCAUAGGUAGCCCCAAAACCGUCGUGCGGUUCAAAUUACCAAAGGAGAGCCGAGGGACUCGGAGGUCGCAGCCCCCCAAGCCCGACAGUGCCGGCGGAGCUCCCUUGCGUCGUUUCGAUGCCGAGGCAGAUGGCUAUUUCUCCGACGCAGAGAUGAGCGACUCGGACGGAGAGCGCCGCAGCGGCAGGGCGCAGCGGGGCCAGCUGGAUGCGGCUGGGGAGGACAUCGUCAGGAUGAGCAUCCUGGCAUCCUAACUCCUUGUCACCGCGCCGGCUCGACAAGGCCUCAACCCAGUUUCAACUGCCAUGUCCAAUUUCUGCCUGGUAUCAUAGCGAGGGGGAUUUUUACUAUCUGUAUAUAGUUGGAAAUUCGGCACUGUUGUCUUUCUCUUCUCUAUACGCCUGAGAUACAGCUUCAGCUUCACCGACAUCGAUGACCAUGACAGUCGUGGUCCCUCCCCAGCUCCCCGCCGGACCCCACUUCCCAGGAACGCAAGCCAGCACCCAGCGGGACCGAGGGUGCUGGGAGGGCAGAGGGUGCUGGUACCCGUGCUUUCUGCAGGGAUGACAGUUUAAUUAAUGGGCAUUAUUUAAUGAGGGGCAGAUUUCUGCCUGGGACAGUUGCCCCUGGAGCAGGGAGCGAGCGGAAGGUACGGGAGCGGCCAGCUGCAGGAGGGAAAAUACCCCCCUGCCUGCGCGUAUACGAGGAGGGAAAAUAAGCGAUACUAAAUUAAAUAAUGACUAAAGCACAAAAAGCUUGUUGGAGGGUAGCGCUUGGGGUGGAAGAGAGUGACGUUACGUUUCUAUUUUUAGAAAAAAAAGAAAAAAAAACACAACAAACCUUGGUCAUUAUUUUUCCCCUCAUGUUUCCAUCUGGUUGGGAUCCGUCCAGGGGUCAGGAUGCAAAAGUUUCUCCCCACUGCUGCCCCGUGGGUUGACCCCAUUGAGGUUGUUCGUUAGCAAAACUGAAGUGAUUUACUCAGGUGAAUUGAUCAGCUCUUAGCAAGCUGGGAAAUGGAAUUGUGGGACAGGAUGGAGGAGAAAAGCAUCCUUUAAAAACACCGUGGGGAGUCAGAGUUGGUCCCACUGUGCCGGGGCAGCGUGUUUGAGGUCCCCAUUGCACAACGAUGCACUUGGCCCUGGGGGUGAAUGUACUGUCACCGGGGGGGAAAUGGAAAUGCUUGCCUUCACCAUUUUGUUUUCCUCCAAAACGCUAUACAAUAAGAAUGGUGAAUUUAUUCCUCCCCAUCCUUUUUUUUUAAUUAUUCUUCCUAAAAUCCUGGUUACAAGCUGUUGACUUGUUGUGGGAGGGUGAUUCACAGAAGCUGACAUUAUAAAUAUUACAAUAAUUUAAUGCAUAAAAUGUCCCCAAUAAGCCUUAAAUGUUGUUUAAAAGCCCAUGUUACCUACAAGUCAGGCGAAUUUCCGUGUUUGCACUUAAUUGCACCAUUACUUCGGUUUUGGCUUCAAAGGUCACAGUUAAGUCAUGCUACGUGUUUUAUUGGAGUGACCCCAGUGUGAGCUCAGGGAACAAAAAAAAAAAAAAAGGAAUUCACUGAAACUUUUGUUGUUGUUGUUUUUUAAAAAUAAAAAAAAAUGUUCAAAAAAAAAAACUAAAAAAAAAAAAAAACCACAAACCAAACCUGGGACACUUCUGCAACCGGUUAAACCCACCACUAAACAAAAAACCUUGCAAUUGUCAAACCAAUCAGUCAAGUAAUUUUGUGGAUGCCAAAGAAUAUUUUGACAGUCAAGCAGCACAGCCAGAAACCAGAAACUUGUCAUUACAAAAAAAAAAAAAAUUGGAAGUUAUUUAGCAACAAAGGACUAAAGACACACUCAUAACACACUGCUGCGGCGUUAGGUUCCAAGCUUGCUCCGAGGGAUGCUGCUGCUCCGAGACCGCAUCCUGCCGUUUUGAUUUUCCGAUGCUUUUUGCUCAUUUCACUGUGAGCUUUCUUUUGAAACUCUGAGACUUCUUCAAUUGAUUGUCUUGGUGUUUUAGAGUAGAUCACCUUUAUCAGCCUUCCAAAGUCCUUAUUAGCGAUAAAAUUGCAGCAAAGGUAAGCGAUGACAGCCUCGCUCAUCCCAGGCGUGGUGGGGGCUUCGGGGUGGGUGCACCCAGCUCCGGCCAAGCCCAACACUAACCCGGUUCGGAGUGACCACGCCUGGGGAGGACUCUUCCUUCGAUAGGAAAAAUGUUAUCUGCAGGGAAAAUAAAAACAACCCAAAAUGAGAAAAUCAACAAAAUGGGAACUACCUUUGUUAUAAAUUAACAUACUCCAUUGAGGUUGGAAAUGAAAAUCUGCUCAUUAAUUAAGGCUCGGUAUGGUCAGAUAAUGUUAAAUACAGUAAAUAGGACUUAGUUUAUCUUAUCAGGCUUGCUAGCUUUAGCUACAGUAUCCUAGUAUAAGAGUCAUAACAAUAAUCAAUAUGCUGCCUUUUAAUGAAUCUUGCUUCCGUGUGCUUCACUCAAUUAUGGUUAAAAAAAAAACAAAGCGAUCCACAAAUUUCACUGUACACAGCUCCAUUCAUCCGCUUCUGCACUACUUGUCUUCUCAGUACAGGAAAGCAAAAAGGGGAAGACUUUAAAGAACAACCAACCCGGCGCCGCCGGCAGCGGGCAAUAAAAGAGUUUGAAAUGCUCCCAAAACGUUGUGUUUUGCCAUCAUUUUGGUGGGGAAAUUUAAAGGGGGCUGAUAGGGCAAGUCAAAGGCAGGGAGAAGAACAAGAUUGGGGAAAUAGAGAGGGGAAAAGAGGGUGGUGGGACUGGGACACAGCAGGAUGGCUGCAUCCUUGCCACUGCCUCGGAGCAGGGUAGCCUGCUGUUCGGGAGAGAAAAAUGCACAAAGCAACUAUUUUUGAUGUUACUGUAAAUGUAUUUUGAAAUGAAUAGAAGGAAAAAUAAAAUAUAAGGGUUUAUUUUAGUAGAGAAAUGUUGUCUUUUAAGAUGUCUAAACUGCAGGAAUCGACAUUUGCACUGUAAGAGCACUGGUUUCCUUGGAGAAGCAGCAGCCGUUGUAGUUGAGAUGAGGAUGCAAAUAGCAUCACGCCCUGAUCGGGGAGCACAGCCCCAACAUCUACCCCAGCCCCGUGGCUGCGGGAGGUUCCCCAGGACAGUUCUGAUUCCGUGCCCCCAUUUUCCCCACUCCCAUUAUUCAAUUCUGUUGUUGUUGCAACUCUUAUGGUUUUGGGUUCCUGCUGUCCCAAGGCGGGCUGCAGCAUGGAGCAGGGAGGCGAGAGCGGGAUGCAGGAGCAGCCACUGGUGGGAAGAUGCUCUCGCAGGGCGUGAGAUUUGGUUGUUCUUUAAGGCAAUCCCCCCGCGGUUUGCGCCAUUCCACAUCCAAAACAGACCCACUUCACAUCAGUUACAGGAAACGAUAUGAAUGUCGCAGGAGGAGAAACCCUUCUGUUUUCUUUGUUUCAAAGAACGUGAUGUGCCAUUUGUUAAUAUAAAAGAGAAAUAUUGAAAAUAUAUUGAAAAGAGCAAUUUUAAAUUAUUUUUGGCUUAUGUUGCAAUAUUUAUUUUCUUGUAUUAGAAAUUCCUUUGUAGAGAAAAAAUGUAUUUUUCAUUAAUGCAAAAACCUAUUUCUCCUUUUUGUACAUUUUCCAUGUUAGUUAAUCCUUAAAGCAAUAUAAUGUUAUCAAACUCGUUCUGUGUGAGACUGUAUUAUGCAUGCUAUUUGUGUUGCCUUGGAAUAGCUCUGUAUGCCAUUAUUUUCAUCCUGUUUAGAUACAGUGUAUGCUUUAAUACACAUUGGGACCAUGGCCCAUUGCUUAUGAAAAAAACCCUUUGCAUUCCUCAAUGUGUUGGCAAAUGCAGUCAAUAAAGCAGUGUUUUCUGUGUACGUCUGUGUUGGU